AUGGCGGCUCAUACGAUAGAACAACUAAGCGAGACGAUUGCUCGUACCUCUGCGCAACUUUCACUUGGCCUCAAAAGUCAAGGUUUUGCAUCUCCGACCGUAAAUGAUGUGGUAAAGGGACCAAAUUUCGAGGCUAUCAAUGUGAAGGCUAGCCGGGAACUCCUAGAUGCCGCCUAUGAACUUGAGGCUCUCGUGUUGGGACCUUCAAAAAUGUUAUCCCUUAUGGCGUUUAUCUACCAUGAUAUAUCCUCACUCGGCGCGCUUCUUGAAUUUAAUAUUCCAGGGCUUAUCCCACUUGAUGGGACGGCGACCAUCGCCGAGCUAGCAUUGAAGAGCAGUCUUUCUGAAGACAAAUUGACGCGAUUCAUUCGCUACGCCACAACCAACUUUAUCUUCCGUGAACCUUCGCCUGGUGUUGUCGCGCAUACAGCCAUAUCGGCCGCUAUGGUGCGCGACCCUAAGUUCUGCGCCUUUCUCCUUUUCGUCACGGUCAAUUGCGCAAAUGCUGAGAUUUCUAUACCGGCAGCGUGCAAGAAGUGGCCGCAAAGUGAGAAGCUUAGCGAAUGCGCUGUAAACGAGGCUUACGGAACGAACGAUACGUUCUUCCAAUGGCUGAGUAAAGACGCCGAGCGCCAAGAUAGAUUCGAUCGUGGUAUGGCUGGUCUAUCGGGCAACGAUAACGGAUUAGCGGGUAGACCACAGCAACUUGACAUUGAGAUAUAUCCCUGGGUUGAGAAGCUCGGGCCGAAAGCUGUAGUUGUCGAUGUUGGCGGUGGCUCUGGCCACAUCUCCCGCGUCUUGGCACACACCUACCCGGAAUUCACUGUGACGGUACAAGAUCACCCAAAAGCUAUCUCGGCAGCAAAAAGCGACCCCGAUCUGCCUCCGAAUCUAAGCUAUCAAGAACACGAUUUCUUCUCCCCACAACCAUUACAUGGAGGAGAUGUAUAUUUGUUUCGGAAAGUGUUCCACAACUGGCCCCGCACUGAGGCCGUGUCCAUCAUAAGGGCGCUCGUGCCGGCUUUAAAGCCGGGUGCUCGAGUUCUCGUCUCGGAGUUCCUCAUGCCAGGUGCUGAGCGAGGAGAGUCGCUCCUUGAGGAUAAGUUAGUACGGCAAAUGGAUCUACAGAUGAUGGGUGCAUUCAACUCUAAGGAGAGGACCGCCAAGGAGUACGCUGCUCUAUUUCAGGAGGCGGAUGAGAGGUUGAAGUAUCAAGCCAAGUAUCAAUUCCCUGGUGAUCAGAAAAGCUGCAUCUUCGAGGCAGUUUGGGAAGGAGAUUCUUAG